GGGUGUUGGGGUGGUAGCGGCGUGGAGCGGGGUGAAGACUGUGCUGCCGGGUAGGGACGUGCUCUGGCGCCCGGGCGGAGCCGGUUCCGCGCUCGGCGGAAACGAGAAACGGGAAAGGAAGGGAGCGGCAGUGGGAACCGGUAUCGGCGGCCACCAUUAGCGGCGGGAGAAGGAGGAGCAGCAGCAGCAGCCGCAGCCGCGGGGGUCUGCGGGUGGAGCGGAGUCCGGGUGCCGCCGCCGGCAGCGAGCGGGAGCGUGCCCGCCGCCUCGCCCCUCUGUUUUGUCGGGGGCCGCCGUUGCCCGCCGGGGCUUCUCGGGAGCCGGGGCGAGAUGGAGCAAUUAUCAGAUGAAGAACUUGACCAUGGUGCAGAAGAAGAUAGUGAUAAGGAAGAUCAGGAUCUGGACAAGAUGUUUGGGGCAUGGCUGGGGGAACUGGACAAGCUCACACAGAGUUUGGAUACAGACAAGCCUGUGGCACCAGUCAAGAGAUCACCCCUCCGUCAGGAAACCAAUCUUGCCAACUUCUCGUAUCGCUUCUCCAUGUACAAUUUGAAUGAAGCCCUGAAUCAGGGGGAGACUGUGGAUCUAGAUGCUCUCAUGGCUGAUCUCUGUUCCAUAGAGCAGGAGCUCAGCAGUAUUGGGUCUCAUUCAGCAAACAAUGCUGCGGUGAAACGCCUUGCCACAGAAUCCAAGGCUUUGAAACCACCUGCUAGCCGAACUUCUGCUAAGCACAGCAGCAUGAAAGGAUUAUCCUCAUCUGGUAAGGUGACUAAACCAUCACAUGCCAAUGUAUCUUUGGAUGACAUCACUGCACAGUUAGAGAAGGCCUCUUUGAGCAUGGAUGAGGCAGCCCAACAGUCUGUUGCAGAAGACACCAAAACAGUAGUUACUGCUCAGCACAGGAGGACAGCAUCUGCUGGCACAGUGAGUGAUGCUGAGGUGCGCUCAAUCAGUAACUCCUCCCGUUCCAGCAUAACCUCUGCAGCUUCCAGCAUGGAUUCCUUGGAUAUUGAUAAAGUGACAAGACCUCAGGAACUGGACUUGACAUCACAAGGGCAACCAAUCACUGAGCAUCCCAUAAACUUUCCAGAAGAGGAAGCUGAACUGACUCCUCACUCCUAUUUGGACAGGGAAACCUCCCUCCUUCUGAGAAACAUUGCAGGAAAGCCUUCUCAUUUGCUGACCAAGGAGGAGCAGGCUGCUAAACUCAAAGCUGAGAAGAUUAGGGUUGCAUUAGAGAAGAUUAAAGAGGCACAAGUGAAAAAGUUGGUGAUCAGAGUCCAUAUGUCUGAUGACAGCUCAAAAACAAUGAUGGUGGAUGAGAGGCAGACAGUGAGACAAGUAUUAGACAAUCUGAUGGACAAAUCGCAUUGUGGUUACAGUUUAGACUGGUCGUUGGUAGAAACCAUCUCUGAAUUGCAAAUGGAAAGGAUCUUUGAAGAUCAUGAAAAUCUAGUUGAAAAUCUUCUUAACUGGACAAGAGAUAGUCAAAACAAACUGAUGUUCGUGGAACGCAUAGAGAAAUACGCACUUUUCAAGAAUCCCCAGAACUAUCUUCUGGGGAAGAAAGAAACCUCUGAGAUGGCAGACAGAAAUAAGGAGGUGCUGCUAGAGGAAUGUUUCUGUGGAAGUUCUGUAACUGUGCCAGAGAUUGAGGGAGUUUUGUGGCUGAAAGAAGAUGGUAAGAAGUCUUGGAAGAAACGUUACUUUCUUCUUCGAGCUUCUGGAAUCUACUAUGUCCCUAAAGGGAAAGCAAAGGUCUCGCGGGAUCUUGUGUGCUUUCUACAGCUUGAUCAUGUCAGUGUUUACUAUGGACAGGACUAUCGGAACAAAUACAAAGCACCCACGGACUAUUGUUUAGUGCUCAAGCAUCCUCAGAUCCAAAAGAAAUCCCAGUAUAUCAAGUAUCUUUGCUGCGAUGAUGUAAGAACUCUACACCAAUGGAUCAAUGGCAUCCGCAUUGCUAAGUAUGGGAAGCAACUAUACAUGAACUAUCAGGAAGCACUGAAGAGAACAGAAUCAGCGUAUGACUGGACUUCCUUGUCUAGCUCCAGUAUCAAGUCAGGCUCCAGCUCAUCUAGUUUGCCAGAAUCUCAAUCAAAUCAUUCUAAUCAGUCUGACAGUGGAGUUUCUGACACCCAGCCAGCCGGACAUGUCCGUUCCCAAAGUAUUGUCAGCUCCAUGUUUUCUGAGGCCUGGAAACGAGGCACUCAACUGGAGGAAUCCAGCAAGGCCCGAACGGAGCCCGCAGGCCGGCCCAUCAUGUCUGCUGCACCCCCUGUGUCCCCACAGACUAAAGUGGUGACCCCCUACACAGCCUCGCAGCCGUCCCCCCCGCUGCCCCCGCCGCCUCCCCCUCCUCCUCCUCCCCCCCCGCCCCCCCCUCCACCGCCACCCCCCCUGCCCAGCCAGGCGGCCCCGUCGGCAGGCUCUGCCGCCACCAUGUUUGUCAAGUACAGCACCAUCACGAGGCUGCAGAACGCCGCCCAGCACGGCGGGCCCUUCGCCAGGCCUCCCGCGGCACUGCAGGGCCCCCUGCCCGCGGGGAAGCCUCACAACCCUGUGCCCCCCAACGGGGUCAUGCCGCCCCCUCCGCCUCCACCACCGCCUCCCACUCCGGGCUCCGCCAUGGCGCAGCUGAAGCCGGCACCUUGCGCCCCCUCUGUGCCACAGUUCACACCACCACCGCCACCCCCCAAAAUACAUCAGGUUCAACCAAGCGUAAGCCAGGCCGCUGCCACCUCCUCACUGCCACCGCCGCCACCGCCUGUGCCUGCCCCGCCACCACCCCAGGCACCCCCAAAGCCUGUCAUGGCAGCUCUCCCCCCGCAGCCUAGUGGGAAAGCAGCGUCACCAGGGGUCGCACAUGUCACCCCCCCUGUGCCAGCUCCCUUGCCCCUUGCAAUAAAGAAACAACCAAGUGUCACCUCUCCCCAGGUGCCACCACUGCCCCCAGCCCCUCCUGGCCCUACUCCUCCCCCUAUGUUCCCAAAGCAGCAGAGCUUCUCUAUGAAGCCUCCUCCAUCCCCUCAGUCCCCAGUGCCAUCUGUGGUGAAACAGAUAGUUAGCCAGUUCCCACCUCCUCCCACCCCACCUGCCACCGAGCCCCAGCCUCUAAAACCCCUUCCACUGAGCGUGGCUCCGCAGUCACCUCCAGCAGUGAAGGCAAAGCCCAAAUGGCAGCCUGUUUCCGCUCCCUCACCAGAUUUCCCCCCUCCUCCACCAGAGAGUAGUUUAGUGUUUCCUCCUCCACCUCCUUCCCCAGCUUCCUCUGCAGGUUCUCCCCCCCCCGACAGAUCAGGGUCUCCAGUCAAAAAGACCAGCAAGACAUCAAGCCCUGGAGGGAAGAAACCACCUCCAACACCUCAGCGAAACUCCAGCAUCAAGUCCACCAGCUCCACUGAGUACCAUGAGUCCAAGAGACCUUCAGUGGACCGCCUUGUCAGCAAAUUUGCACACCCACCAGACCCGUCAGGGUCUCCUUCCAAGGAAUCAUUGCCUCCUGCAGCCCCUCCAAAGCCAGGAAAGCUCAACCUUUCUGGGGUGGGCCUGCCCAUUGUCCUUCCACAAGGAGGGAUCCCAGCCAAGGCUCCUGUUCCGAGUGUGUCUGAGAAGGAACCUGUGGUUGAAUUCCCUUCACCACCAUCUGAUUCAGACUUUCCACCGCCACCACCUGAAAUAGAUCUUCCUCUGCCUCCGGUGGAGAUCCCAUCUGUGUUUUCAGGCAGCACCUCCCCAAAAGUCGCCGUUGUCAAUCCCCAGCCUCAGACAUGGUCAAAAGCACCCAUGAAAAAGGCCCCACCACCCACACGCCCCAAGCGGAAUGACAGCACUCGACUGACGCAGGCGGAGGUUGCAGAGCCACCGGGAUCAGCUGCCCCUCAGGUGCCCACUUCACCCAAGUCCAGCCUUAGCGUUCAGCCGGGAUUCCUGGCAGACCUCAACCGGACGCUGCAGCGGAAAUCCAUCACCCGGCACGGCUCCCUCUCCUCUGCACGGAUGUCCAGAACAGAGCCCACGGCCACCAUGGACGACAUGGCCCUGCCUCCACCUCCACCGGAGCUGCUGGCAGACCAGCAGAAGGCAAGCAGCUUUGGGGGCGGUCAUUUAUCCGGCUAUGCAACGUUACGGAGGGGGCCACCCCCUGCGCCUCCCAAAAGGGAUCAGAACACCAAGCUGUCGCGAGACUGGUAACCACCUCCCCAGGGCCGGUGCUCUCCGUGACUUGUGGGCCGCUCUGUGAUCGGCCGACCUGUGAUCUUGCGCACUUGGAGAGGAUGUGGGGAUGUAGGUGACAGCGCCAUCAAAAGAGGUGAUCUCAAACUGUAGCUAAGGCUAAAUGUAAAGACAUUCCCCUUUCACGGCUACGCCAAAAAAGCUGGGGGCUUGGGGUGUCAAUAUUUUAUUGGGAAAGGUGGGUAGAGAAGCAUUAACUUACCCUUUCAUUUUUUGUUACCCUUCAUACAGAUUGGACCAAACCCUCAUUUUCUUACAUUUUCUGCAUUUAGGGGAGGGGGGGAGAUAAUUUUUUUGUAGUGUCUGUCCACGUGAGACAUGUUUGUGCAUGUAUUAUAAGUGUAGGUAUAUAAUAUAUUGUGAUAUAUUUCGUCGCAAUUACAGAAGAUAACCAGAAUGUUUUUGUAGAACCGUAUUUAUUGUUUCAGUCGCUAUAUUACCUGGAAUCGGACUCUGUAACUAGUCACAUAUUGCCACAAAGAUGAAGAUGUAGGGGGCACUUUAAAGAAAGGAAGAAAAACAAACAAAAACCACCCCACAAAUCUCUUGGCAGUUUGUGGUGGGUAAUGGUGCAGAGCUGAAGUGUUCUGCUAUUAACUGUACAUUGUUCAUUGAUUGAAAAGUACAGGUGCAACAUACCAAAACAUUCUGGUCAUACUACUACUGAAAAUGAGUAUGUUCCGAGGAGGAAAAGAGAUUUUAUUUAUAGUGGGCUGGAGCGAAAUAUAUUUAUACUACAGAGAGCCUCCCCCUCCCUUCCAAAUAGUUUGAAAAAUAUAUACUGCUACAAAUCAUUUCAAAGUUAUUUGUCCAUGCAGUAAAUAGGAUAAAUACGUAUUAUUCCAAUCCA